AUGUCGCCAAAAUUCAGAGAAGAAGGUGGGAAUUUUACAACUCUACCUCAGUACUUCAUGCAGAAUGGAUAUACAUCUGUAGGAAUGGGAAAACUGUUUGGUAAUACAGACACAACAGAGACAAUAUCGUGGUCAAAGCAAUAUUUUUCAAUGUCAUUUUUUAAUGCGUCGUCGCGAAACUUUGAAACCAAGGGUGGGGGGGACAACUCUUGGUUAGCCGUGCCAGAUGAAGAGCUUGUAUCUAAGCCACUAAUAGACAGAAUAGUUGCAGACUAUGCUAUUGAAACGCUUAGAAAAGUUGCAAAGGCUAAGGAUAAUUUCUUUAUGGCUGUAGGAUUCCGUAAACCGCACCUACCCCAUGUUUUUCCAAAGUCAUUCAUGGAUAAAUACUAUCCCGAAAGUGUGAUUCGAUUGCCAAGCAACCCUCACGUGCCUGUAAAUAUGCCCGACAUAGCUUGGAACAAUUGGGUCGCGGUUCUGCAAAGGUACAAAGACUUCAGGGAAUUGAAGUUAGGGAAUGAGAUAAACACAACUAUUCCAGAUAAGAAAACUCUUGAACUUAGACGUGCCUAUUACAGCGCCGUAGCAUGGGUAGAUUCUCUUAUAGGUGAGGUGAUUUCAGAACUUCACGAUCUAGGGCUCGCAGAUAAUACAAUAAUAUCCUUCGUCAGCGACCAUGGGUACCAUCUCGGCGAAAAUGGAAUAUGGACAAAAAGGACGAAUUUUGAAAUUGCAACCCGCACACCAUUGAUGCUACAUAUUCCAGGUCUUACUGACAAUGGUUUCCAGACUGAACAACUCGUUGAGACUGUUGACCUUUUUCAAACUCUUGUUGAAGCCACGGGACUUAAAAAACUGCCGGAAUGUCCAGAAUAUUCUCGCAGCGUUGAACUAUGUACGGAAGGGAAAAGCUUAAUGCCGUUGAUAAAAAACCCAAAUACUCCACUGAAAUCAGCCGCGUUUUCUCAGAACAUUCGAGGUUCACGAACAAUGGGUUAUACAAUAAGAACAAACAGGUACCGGUACACGGAAUGGGUGCCGUUCCAGGGCAAACCGGUUUAUCAAUCGGACUGGAGCGUUGUUAUAGCUAGAGAACUAUAUGACCAUGACAUUGACCCAGAAGAAAACUUUAAUAGAGCAAAUGUUUCAAGCUAUAAAGAUGUAAUGAGUGAACUCAGUGUCAAACUGCGUCUUGGCUACAGACAUUCUACGGUAGUGACGUAUAAUAUAACGGAGAAUAUGAUAUAUUUCUAUUUCAAGAUGAGGCCUUGUGUGAUCUUCUUUAUGCUACUUGUUGCUGUAUUAAUUGUCAGAAGAAUAGGGUUAAGCAGGGUUUUUAGACAUAUUCGAGGAUUUUCGGAAAGAUACAGAGUGCAGCAAACUGAACUACUGCUUGCAAAUAAACGAGUCGAGAAAGACCGUUAG